UUAUUUUCAUCUGAAACUUUUACGGUAACUCGAAAUCAUCAAUUAUUUUUAACUCUUUUUUAUUUCGUUUCUUCACCUUCCCUCUGCUUCAAAAUCAUGAAACUACCAUCGCCGGCGAAACUCAACUCCGGCAACUGAAAUCUGAAUCCUCUUUUUCGAUUUUGCCUUGUUAAAGAUUCUCUCGCAUCGAUUUCGUUGUUCUAUUGAUGUGUGGAGUUUCAAGGCCCUUUAACUUUAAUCCAAACCAAAUUUAUUUACUGGUAGAAGGUGUGACACUCGUUAUAACUUGUAAUUGAGUUAUGUUAUGACUAAUUUUGGCAUUUGAGAAGAGGAUUUUCUCCAAGGCUAGAAACUCUUUCGUUGAUUGAAGGAAGAAUUUGGGAAUAAGGUUUAUUCAAUGCACUCUAGUACUAGCGGUUACAUGAACAGUGAAACACUUAAACGUGUCUUCAGUGCGAGAGACACGAACCUGCCAAUCCAUACAUCUGUCAUGGAUCUCUGUUCGGAAUCCUUUGUUUCUUUCAGGAAAUUGCAGGAAACAAUGUCUCUGAAUCAUGUUAGGUUUGCACAAUAGUUUUAUGGGGAUGGACAAUGAUCGUCCCUGCACGUGGACCUCCUUGUCCUUACUCAUCUCCCAAACAACAAUAGCAUCAUCGACUUCAAGCUUCAAUUAAAAUUUAUUGCACAGAAAAGGAUCUUCUUUCUGGAUAAUCUGUGCUGUUCAUUUAUUCCAUUGAAUGCACAUAACACAUGAUUGCCAAACAGCCAAAGCUGCUAAGUUUGAUUAGCUUUAUGAAAACUUCCAUCAAUGUGGUCUAAUUGGGAUAGACUAUAGAGUGGAUGGAUGUAUGUGAGUCAGAGCAAGCAUUAAGGAAAUACAGAGCAAGAACAAGACAACCCUUGGUUCCUGCUAAAAAAAACAAUGAAACCCCCAGCAGCCGCACGGCAACAAGGGGAAUUAGUUCACGGUAUAGGUCACCUUCGCCUACUCCGGCAACCCCAUCUGGUCCUCGCCGAUGCCCCUCUCCAAGCCUCACAAGGACAACAACACCUCCACCAUCCAAAUUGUUACCCAAAAGAGCUCAAUCAGCAGAGAGGAAGAGGCCUGCGACUCCGCCUUCCCCUCAAAGUCCUUCUACACCAGUUCAAGACUCAUCAGUAGAUGUGCAUUUAUCAUCAAGAAGAGUGACUGGUAGCAGAAUGCCAGAGGCACUGUGGCCUUCCACAAUGCGAAGUUUGAGCGUUUCUUUUCAGUCAGACACUAUUUCCAUACCUGUUAGCAAGAAGGAGAAGCCGGUGACUAGUGCCUCUGAUCGUACGCUGCGGCCCACUUCAAACGUGGCUCACAAGCAGGUUGAAACGCCAAAUAUAAGAAAGCCUACGCCAGAGAGAAAGAGGAGUCCUCUCAAAGGGAAAAAUGCCUCUGAUCAGACUGAGAAUUCGAAACCGGUUGAUGGUUUGCAUUCUCGAUUGAUAGAUCAGCAUCGGUGGCCAAGCAGAAUAGGUGGGAAGGUAUGUUCAAGUGCGUCAAAUAGAAGUAUUGUUCAUGCUGACAAGACAACCAGAACGUUGAACUCUUCUGCUCCGGGAACUAGUAGUGUGUCUUCCCUGCGAAGAUUGUCUUUGCCAGGUGAACCGAGUAAGCCCUUGCAAAAAGCUUCUAGUGAUACUGCAAGGCUAAUGUUGCUUGUUGAAAGUGGUAGAAUAGAAAGCGAGGUGAAACCGGUAGAUGACAGUUUUCAAAUAUUAAGACCUCACAAAUUUGUGUCUGCAACUCCAUUGGAUAAAACGGGAUUAGCAGUUGCUGGAGUCAGAUCUCAGUCAUUUUUGAGUCCGGGAUCACGGCGUCCAUCACCUAGUAAGACCUCAGUCCUAUCCUCUUGUAGUUUAAGAGGUGGUAGUCCAUCUCGGUCAAGGCCAUCAACUCCUCCUAGAGGGAUUAGUCCAUCUCGAAUAAGGUCAACCAAUUCAACCAACCAAUCCAACGAUGCAAUUUCAGUGCUCAGCUUUAUCGCUGAUUUUAAAAAAGGGAAAAAGGGUGUAGCCCUCAUUGAAGAUGCUCACCAAUUACGACUUCUAUACAACAGGUACUUGCAAUGGAGAUUUGUCAAUGCGAGAGCAGAUGAUGUAUUUUACAUCCAAAAUGCAACUGCAGAGAAAACUCUCUAUAAUGUAUGGAACACAACUUUGUCUAUAUGGGAAUCAAUUAUUAGGAAGAGGAUCCAUCUCCAGCAGCUGCAGCUUGAGCUGAAGCUGAAUUCUAUUUUGAAUGCUCAAAUGGCCUACCUUAAUGACUGGACUAUACUUGAAAGUGAUCAUACUGAUGCCUUAUCCGGGGCUGUAGAAGACUUAGAGGCAAGUACUAUUCGUCUUCCGCUAAUUGGAGGGGCAAAGGCAGAUAUUGAACAUUUGAAGCUUGCUAUCUCUUCAGCUGUUGAUGCCAUGCAAGCAAUGGGAUCUUCUAUCUGCCCUUUGCUCUCACGGGUGGAGGGAAUGAAUAAUUUAAUUUCUGAAGUUGCUGUUGUAUCAGCACAGGAAAAAGCCAUGCUUGCUGAAUGUGAAUCAUUACUGAAUUUUGCAACAGCUAUGCAGGAUGAGGAAUAUAGCCUUCGGACGCAUCACAUGCAGAUCAAGCAAGCUUUGGUGGUAAAUAAUUCUCGGAGAUUCAAACACGCCUGACCCUGACCUGCUUCUAAGCUAACAAGAAAUAAAUCUCUUGCGGCUGCAGCCAAAUUCUUGGGAAUCAUAAUUUCCAAGACGUUACCAAUGUAUUUAAUAUGUUUCAAAGAUUCUUGGGUAUGUACGGCUGAAACUUCAUUGAAUUAACACCCGAGAUUCUUUACGCGUUGUAAAUUUUUGUAAUAGGCUUCUCCCUCUGUUGCAAUUUAUAUUGUUCCUUUAUCUUCAUUCUAGUCAACACUGGUGGCCCAAGCCUUCCACUUGUAAUUUUUUGUAUCAGGCAAAUGAAAAGAAAAUGCAAAGUAAAGGAGCAAAGUAUUCCUUCUA